AUGUAUUUGACAUUCACUCUCCUCAGCGUUUUGGCUCUGGCCGGCAGCAGUCAGGCUGCCUCUUUACAAGCUCCUAAUAUUGAAACCAACAAUAAUCUACUAUCACCUACAGCUUGGCCGAACAAUUCUGCAAAUCCAAAUAAUGUUAUAAGUCAAACAAAUACAGUCACUUCAGCUCCUAAUUCUGGAAACAACAAUCUACCAUCACCUACAGCUUGGCCGAACAAUUCUGCAAAUCCAAAUAAAGUUAUAAGUCAAACAAAUACAGUCACUUCAGCUCCUAAUUCUGGAAACAACAAUCUACCAUCACCUACAGCUUGGCCGAACAAUUCUGCAAAUCCAAAUAAAGUUAUAAGUCAAACAAAUACAGUCACUUCAGCUCCUAAUUCUGGAAACAGCAAUCUACCAUCACCUACAGCUUGGCCGAACAAUUCUGCAAAUCCAAAUAAACUUAUAAGUCAAACAAAUGCAGUCGCUUCAGCUCCUAAUUCUGGAAACAAAAUCCUACCAUCACCUACAGCUUGGCCGAACAAUUCUGCAAAUCCAAAUAAAGUUAUAAGUCAAACAAAUACAGUCACUUCAGCUGCUAAUUCUGGAAACAACAAUCUACCAUCACCUACAGCUUGGCCGAACAAUUCUGCAAAUCCAAAUAAAGUUAUCAGUCAAACAAAUACAGUCACUUCAGCUCCUAAUUCUGGAAACAACAAUCUACCAUCACCUACAGCUUGGCCGAACAAUUCUGCAAAUCCAAAUAAAGUUAUAAGUCAAACAAAUACAGUCACUUCAGCUUCUAAUUCUGGAAACAACAAUCUACCAUCACUUACAGCUUGGCCGAACAAUUCUGCAAAUCCAAAUAAAGUUAUAAGUCAAACAAAUACAGUCACUUCAGCUCCUAAUUCUGGAAACAGCAAUCUACCAUCACCUACAGCUUGGCCGAACAAUUCUGCAAAUCCAAAUAAAGUUAUAAGUCAAACAAAUGCAGUCGCUUCAGCUCCUAAUUCUGGAAACAACAUUCUACCAUCACCUACAGCUUGGCCGAACAAUUCUGCAAAUCCAAAUAAAGUUAUAAGUCAAACAAAUACAGUCACUUCAGCUCCUAAUUCUGGAAACAACAAUCUACCAUCACUUACAGCUUGGCCGAACAAUUCUGCAAAUCCAAAUAAAGUUAUAAGUCAAACAAAUACAGUCACUUCAGCUCCUAAUUCUGGAAACAGCAAUCUACCAUCACCUACAGCUUGGCCGAACAAUUCUGCAAAUCCAAAUAAAGUUAUAAGUCAAACAAAUGCAGUCGCUUCAGCUCCUAAUUCUGGAAACAACAUUCUACCAUCACCUACAGCUUGGCCGAACAAUUCUGCAAAUCCAAAUAAAGUUAUAAGUCAAACAAAUACAGUCACUUCAGCUCCUAAUUCUGGAAACAACAAUCUACCAUCACCUACAGCUUGGCCGAACAAUUCUGCAAAUCCAAAUAAAGUUAUAAGUCAAACAAAUACAGUCACUUCAGCUUCUAAUUCUGGAAACAACAAUCUACCAUCACUUACAGCUUGGCCGAACAAUUCUGCAAAUCCAAAUAAAGUUAUAAGUCAAACAAAUACAGUCACUUCAGCUCCUAAUUCUGGAAACAGCAAUCUACCAUCACCUACAGCUUGGCCGAACAAUUCUGCAAAUCCAAAUAAAGUUAUAAGUCAAACAAAUGCAGUCGCUUCAGCUCCUAAUUCUGGAAACAACAUUCUACCAUCACCUACAGCUUGGCCGAACAAUUCUGCAAAUCCAAAUAAAGUUAUAAGUCAAACAAAUACAGUCACUUCAGCUCCUAAUUCUGGAAACAACAAUCUACCAUCACCUACAGCUUGGCCGAACAAUUCUGCAAAUCCAAAUAAAGUUAUAAGUCAAACAAAUACAGUCACUUCAGCUUCUAAUUCUGGAAACAACAAUCUACCAUCACUUACAGCUUGGCCGAACAAUUCUGCAAAUCCAAAUAAAGUUAUAAGUCAAACAAAUACAGUCACUUCAGCUCCUAAUUCUGGAAACAGCAAUCUACCAUCACCUACAGCUUGGCCGAACAAUUCUGCAAAUCCAAAUAAAGUUAUAAGUCAAACAAAUACAGUCACUUCAGCUCCUAAUUCUGGAAACAACAAUCUACCAUCACCUACAGCUUGGCCGAACAAUUCUGCAAAUCCAAAUAAAGUUAUAAGUCAAACAAAUACAGUCACUUCAGCUUCUAAUUCUGGAAACAACAAUCUACCAUCACUUACAGCUUGGCCGAACAAUUCUGCAAAUCCAAAUAAAGUUAUAAGUCAAACAAAUACAGUCACUUCAGCUCCUAAUUCUGGAAACAGCAAUCUACCAUCACCUACAGCUUGGCCGAACAAUUCUGCAAAUCCAAAUAAAGUUAUAAGUCAAACAAAUGCAGUCGCUUCAGCUCCUAAUUCUGGAAACAACAUUCUACCAUCACCUACAGCUUGGCCGAACAAUUCUGCAAAUCCAAAUAAAGUUAUAAGUCAAACAAAUACAGUCACUUCAGCUCCUAAUUCUGGAAACAACAAUCUACCAUCACCUACAGCUUGGCCGAACAAUUCUGCAAAUCCAAAUAAAGUUAUAAGUCAAACAAAUACAGUCACUUCAGCUUCUAAUUCUGGAAACAACAAUCUACCAUCACUUACAGCUUGGCCGAACAAUUCUGCAAAUCCAAAUAAAGUUAUAAGUCAAACAAAUACAGUCACUUCAGCUCCUAAUUCUGGAAACAGCAAUCUACCAUCACCUACAGCUUGGCCGAACAAUUCUGCAAAUCCAAAUAAAGUUAUAAGUCAAACAAUUGCAGUCGCUUCAGCUCCUUAUUCUGGAAACAACAUUCUACCAUCACCUACAGCUUGGCCGAACAAUUCUGCAAAUCCAAAUAAAGUUAUAAGUCAAACAAAUACAGUCACUUCAGCUCUUAAUUCUGGAAACAACAAUCUACCAUCACCUACAGCUUGGCCGAACAAUUCUGCAAAUCUAAAUAAAGUUAUAAGUCAAACAAAUGCUGUCACUCCAGCUCCUAAUUCUGGAAACAACAAUCUACCAUCACUUGGAGCUGGCACAAAUAAUUCUGCAAAUUCUAACGGUGGAUCAACAACUACAACAAGAGUUAGCGUGACCAAUAAAGGUACCAACGCAUCUACUGUGGGCACUUCUUCAAAGAACAGUGUCUCUAACGGAGCUUCAAGCACCAAGAAUAACGAACCGUCGGGCCCAGUUUGCUUGUGCUUCAAGAACUACAAGCUCAUGCCAGAGUAA